UCCCUUCCCGUCUUUGCUUGCCUCUCUCCUCUUCAGCCUUGCCUGUCAGAAAAGGUACUCCAGUGUCGGAGGCUACCCUCCCUCGGAUCCCGUACGAGAGCCAGCCCGCUGUCCUACCCCGAGGCUCAGGCUCUCCUCUCCCGGCUCCGCCAUGGCCACCAUCGUGACUUCCACCCGGUUCACCGACGAGUACCAACUGUACGAAGAGCUCGGGAAGGGAGCUUUUUCAGUGGUGCGUAGGUGUGUGAAGAAGUCGUCAGGACAAGAAUAUGCUGCAAAAAUCAUCAACACUAAGAAGCUGUCUGCCAGAGAUCAUCAGAAGCUUGAGAGAGAGGCUCGCAUCUGCCGUCUCCUGAAGCACCCCAACAUUGUGAGGCUCCAUGACAGCAUUUCAGAGGAAGGCUUUCAUUACCUUGUCUUUGACCUGGUGACAGGAGGGGAGCUGUUUGAAGACAUUGUAGCCAGGGAGUAUUACAGUGAGGCCGAUGCCAGUCAGUGCAUUAGUCAGAUCUUGGAGAGUGUCAAUCAUAUCCACCAGCAUGAUAUCGUGCACAGAGACCUCAAGCCCGAGAACCUGUUGUUGGCCAGUAAGAUGAAGGGAGCCGCAGUCAAGCUGGCAGACUUUGGCCUGGCUAUCGAGGUGCAAGGAGACCAGCAGGCAUGGUUUGGUUUUGCGGGCACCCCUGGGUAUCUCUCCCCUGAGGUCCUGCGGAAGGACCCUUACGGCAAGCCAGUGGACAUCUGGGCUUGUGGUGUUAUUCUCUACAUCCUUUUAGUGGGAUAUCCUCCCUUCUGGGAUGAAGAUCAACACAAACUCUAUCAACAGAUCAAAGCCGGGGCAUAUGAUUUCCCCUCCCCAGAGUGGGACACAGUGACUCCCGAAGCAAAGAAUCUGAUCAACCAGAUGCUAACUAUCAACCCAGCCAAGAGAAUCACUGCCGAACAGGCCCUCAAACACCCAUGGGUCUGCCAACGUUCUACAGUGGCAUCCAUGAUGCACAGACAGGAAACCGUCGAGUGUCUCCGCAAGUUCAACGCCCGCCGAAAACUCAAGGGAGCCAUUCUCACCACCAUGCUGGUGUCCAGAAACUUCUCAGUGGGCCGGCAGCAUACCAACUCUGCUGCUGCCGCCUCCUCCACUGCCUCACUGGCUCAGGAAGCGUGCAAAAGUUUACUCAACAAGAAGUCCGACUCAGCUAAGCCUUCAACCAACAACAGUAAGAACAGUAUAGUGAGCGCCAUCAAUGCCCUGAAAGACAGCAACAUGGCCUCCAACUCCCAAAUGGAAUCUCAGAGCACAGUCGUCCACAACCCUCCUGACGGUGUCAAGGGAUCAACAGAGAGCAACACCACCAAUGACGAGGAGGAAAUGAAAGGUAGGAAAGCGGACAGCUCGGCGCUGAGUCAGAACAGCGCCACAGAGGAGAUGCCCCCCCUUCUGUCCUCACCUCAAAGCUCACCUGCCACUGUUCCACCGCAUGAUGUAAAGCGCAUGGCCUGGAACAGCACAGGCAACAGCUCCUGCCCCGACUCUGAGCACUCUCAGUCCACCCUGCCCGCCGCUCCUCUAGGGAGCGACACUGCCCUCACUAAAAGCAGCACUCAGCACACUCGUAAACAGGAGAUUAUCAAGAUAACAGAGCAACUGAUCGAAGCAGUCAACAAUGGAGAUUUCGACGCCUACACGAGGAUUUGUGAUCCCGGGCUGACCUCUUUUGAACCUGAGGCUCUAGGGAACCUGGUGGAGGGCAUGGACUUCCACAAGUUCUACUUUGAAAACCUGCUGAGCAAGAACAGCAAGCCGGUGCACACCACCCUGCUGAACCCACACGUGCACCUGAUCGGAGAGGACGCCGCGUGCAUCGCCUACAUCCGCCUCACACAGUUUGUGGACUCGACAGGCCGCCCUCGCUCCAGCCAAUCAGAGGAGACCAGGGUGUGGCAUCGCCGCGAUGGCAAGUGGCUCAACGUUCACUUCCACUGCUCAGGAGCGCCCGCUGCACCACUCCAGUGAUCAGUGGUCCUGAAGCUCCAGUCUACUGGAGUGUGUGUUUUGGGGGGCAGGUUUUUCAGCGAGCGUGUUUAAGAGGCACGUCCUCUGCGUGGAUUGGCUAAUGCCAGGAGCCCGGCCGGGUGAGAUCGCAUCCCUCUCCACGACACCAACCAAUCCCGUCCCUCCUUUGACCUGCUGGGGGCCGGCUGAACACAGACACCGCCUCCAUGGGAUGAUGCAUGCAUCUGGCGCCUGAUAGGAGGGCGCGUCUUUGCCCUCUCACCCUCCCCUGGCAGCCAUCUUUUUUCUGCCCGCGCGAGAUGAGACAUCCGGGGGAGGAGAGGGUUUACAGUUGAACUUGUGACAGUUUAUGAGUAUGAGUUAUGAAUAUACUGUGUAAAUUAUGACUAGAUGUACCAGAAACCACCAAAACCCAACCAAGCAUUUAUAUUUACUAUCUAAUAAGGGAGGAACCGAGAGGAAUGUGGAGGUAGCAGCUGAGAUUUUUUUGGACACAUUUGGCAUUCUAGGAAUUUACCGGGUCGAACGUGUUUGUGCUCGAUACCCAGACGUUGAUGUAAAAGAUGUAGGGAGAUUUUCCCCCUCAGCGCAAGUCCAGAGGGAAGAAAAAAGAAAAAGAAAAAAAAAAAAAUCAAGUCAGCUCAAUCGGAAUGCGUGAGAGAACUUGAUGACGAGAGAAACUUGAUAUCAAAAAACGUGAAGCACCAAAGUGUAGAACUUUAGGCUUUUUAUGUGUUCAUGUGUUGAUGUUUUUGUUUGUAUUCUUGUUUUCCGAAGAGAAGGGAAAGCCGGGAGGGACUGCGUUCAAGGUUGACGUGUUUGUUGUGUGUUUUUUUUUUUCUUUCUUUUUCUUUUUCUUUUUUCUUUCUUUCUUUUUUUUUUUUUUUUUUUUUUUUUUUUUUGCGUCCUGUCCCACUGCGUUCCUGUGAAUAAUCGGAAGCUCGGUGUCUGACUGAUCCUAUAUUUGAGGCUACUUUUUAAAGCGACUUGAGUUUUUAAAACGGGAUUUUCUUGUGCAAGUUUAAAGCCGCCGCGCGUGUCGAGACGUUCAGUUCGUGUCUGUAUGCAGUGGAGGGAGAGCGAGGGCCGGGAAAGGCGUCCGCGUUUUGCAUGUUUGCCCGCCACCUCUCCCUCAUUUGCCCCGCCCCACCCCUUCCCUCUCUUUUUCCUCUGCUCCUCGCCCUCUUCUACCCUUUAUCUUCUCCUUUUCUCUGUUUUCUGCAAGGGCCUGGUUUGUUUAUAAUCACUGUGUAAAUACAGUGUAUGUAUAGAUAUAUGUAGAAAAGUGUAAUAUAUGUACAUGCAUCUAUGAGACACUCAUCCUGUGCAUCUGGUCGUGGGCCCCGCCCCCAUGACCUCCGUAUUAACCCGGAUAUGACCUUAGUCUCUGAUUUGGCUCCAGGGCGUAAAAUCUCUUUUGAACAUUUUGAACACUUUAUUUUUUUUUUUUUUUUUUGGGUGGGGGGGGGUUAACGCUCUUCCUCAUAUAUAGCGGGUGUUCUCUUUCCUGUCGUUAUACAGCGACUAAAACAAAAAAAAACCACACGUUACCAGCUCUCGUUCUAUGGCCACAUGACUGUUUUUGGACACAGGGAAAUGACAACCACACAGGGUGACACAGGCUGACCACAUCCCCUCAACAAAAAAAAAAAAAAAAAGAAGAAGUUUAAAUACCUUCAUGACAGUGUCCCCAUCCCUGUUUCCACAAUGCUGUGAGCUGUCACAUAUCACACACACGCGCACACACACACGCCUGGUGGUGUGUCGAGGCUCUGUAACAUAUCCGCACCGCUGCUGUGUGACCAGACAUUAACCCUCGCUGUGCUGCUUAACCGUCUCCAUCCAUCCGCACGGUUGUAUCCGCCCCCCCCGCCCCGCCCCGACUCCACGUCUGAAAACCUCCCCCGCUCUUGAAAUGUUCGUUUGUACCUCUCUCUGUCGUUUCUCCGUUCACGUGUUACUGGUUUUUGAUUUUUAUUUUACUGUUUUGAUUUUAUUUGGUUUUAUUUUUAUAUUUGCUGUCGUCGCUGUUGCUAUUAACUGUCGUUUGCCGUUUGGUAAUUUUUGCCGCUCUGCCAAGCUAGAGUUCUGCACUCUCCCUCAAACACACACACACACACACACAGAAAAGGGAAAAAUAAAGAGGGAGGAAGAUAGAUUUUUUUUGUUUAAAAAUGCAAAAAUUAUGAUUGAAUGAUCAUUGAUUGAUCAGGACUAAAUUAUUUAUUAAGGUAUUCUGCCCUUGGUGGUUUUUAAAUUCUGUCUGCUCGGUAGAGAGGACUUUCAAAAACAAAGAUAGGGGAAAAGUGAGAGAGAAAGAGUUGGUGUGGGUCAUCAAGUUGUGUGACCCGCACUGUUGAACCAGAGUGGGAGACCUAGUUAUAUGCAUGUUUCAGUUAAGCAUUUCUACCAUGUACCUACCUGAAUAAGGGUGGAGAUAGUGUUUAUAAUAUAUGAUAUUUGCAUCUUUGAAAUGACAACCUCCUCCAUCCAGAAUGUUGAAUAGGUGACAUGAAAAAUAAAAACGCAAAAAAUGAAUUUUAAAAAAGGAUUCAGGAGCCGUAGCUUGGUAUGAGGCCCUCGAUGUUAGCAUUUUCCCUGCGUUGUAAUGAUAUACUAUUGGGCUGCGCUUUCUCCCCCAGCCUUCACAUGGAUGGAGUUUUUUGCAUGAUCAUGAUGUACAAUGAAAUACAACCAUGAAUUGACGACUAUCAAGUGUUUGUCUGAGUGUUAGUUGGUCUUCAUCAUAGCUUUGUUAUUCUUCAAAACUUGGAUCUUGAAAGUAUUUAAUAAAAAUACUAUUUCAGCA